CUUAUCCCUGGGGAGGUCAGAACGAAUCAGAAAAACGCCCCAAACGCCAAAGCCAAAAAGGACAUGGUUCCUCCUCAACCCUUGCAGAGCAACGCCUGCACCUGAAACGUCAUAGUCCCAAGUGAAUUCACAUCUUGGAUAACAUGGGUCCUUCUGAGGAACUGGCUGUCCUCGGACUUUCCGAAUUUAACAGACUUUCAAGAUUUUUACUGACCUCGCACAGCUCCUGUCGCCAUGGUGACAACACUAAUUCAUGGUGGCUACCCAGGUCUCCUGUCUCCACGGUAACCGGUGCUUUGCGACCUUCAGUUUGCAGCGGUCGUGCUGCAGCCGCUGCAGUGGUUGCUGGGCGACGGCGGAGCGAAGCAGGUGGUUUGAGGUGGGGACCCGGACAGGCUUCCGGUAGGGGUGUAGAGGCGGUUCCGGGGAAGCCUGCGCCCCCAGGUAGGGGUGCUCCGGGCCGCCGGCCCCGCAGCCCGCCCCUCCCCGGGCCCAUGGCCGGGGCGGUGGGUGCGACAGGGGGCUCAGGCUGGACUUGGCGGCCGGUGGCGCGGGAUCCGCUGCUGGCGCGGGCCUUUCAUUCAUGCACCGAACUGCGGGGACGGUUCUAUCUGGUGGGGGGUCUCCUAGCCGGAGGAGCGAGAGAGCCGAGCAGUGAUAUGGUGGUCUUCGAUCCGGCUGAGGGCCAGGCCGUGCGGGUGGGGGCCCGGGGCGGCCCGAGGCGCAGCCACCACGACGCGGCGCCGGUGGGCGGGCGCUGGCUCUGUGUAGUGGGCGGCUGGGAUGGGUCGCGCCGCCUGGCCACAGUAAGCGCCCUGGACACCGAGCGCGGUGUGUGGGAGGCGUGGACCGCCGCCCCCGGCAGCUGCUCCCCUGCCGGCCUCAGUAGUCACACCUGUACCCGCCUCUCCGACCGAGAGCUGCGGGUGGCAGGCAGGGAGGGCGGGACUCGCACUCAGCGUCGUUAUGGAAGCAUCUACACGUUAAGGCUGGACCCUGGCGCCCGCACCUAUUGCUAUAAGGAAGAAGGCUACCACACAGUCUCACGUUCAGGUCACUGCGCUGCCCUACUCCAAAGUCCUGGGCCCCACCCAGGUCACCAGCUAUUGCUCUUUGGGGGCUGCAACUCAGCUGAAGCAGAAGUAGCUGGGCAUUGGAGUCAUGGGAAGAUUAAGGAGGAACCACCUGCUGCCCCCCGUCUGACGGAACAGCUUGCAAGUCUCGUGAGCAGUGGGCAGGGGUCCCAGCAGGGGCCUCGAGGACUCCGGCAUCACUCGUGUUCUGUGGUUGGGCCCUUUGCUGUGCUGUUUGGUGGAGAAACUCUGACUAGAGCCCGAGACACCAUCUGCAAUGACCUCUACAUCUAUGAUACCCGAAAGUCUCCUUCUCUGUGGUUCCACUUCCCCUGUGCAGACCAUGGACUAAAACGCGUGGGCCAUCGGACCUGCCUUUGGAAUGAUCAGCUCUACCUGGUUGGGGGUUUUGGUGAGGAUGGCAGGACAGCUAGUCCACAGGUUUGCAUUCUGGACCUCUUUAUCUGAAGAAUAGUGCCAAGAUACACCACCAAGCCUCUGUUUGUUUUUUGUUUUUGUUUUUUGCGGUACGCGGGCCUCUCACUGUUGUGGCCUCUCCCGUUGCGGAGCACAGGCUCCGGACGCGCAGGCUCAGCGGCCAUGGCUCACGGGCCUAGCCACUCCGUGGCACGUGGGAUCUUCCCGGACCGGGGCACAAACCCGUGUUCCCUGCAUCGGCAGGCAGACUCUCAACCACUGCGCCACCAGGGAAGCACCAAGCCUCUGUUUUGUUGCAGACUCAUAAGCUUUAGUUAUCACCAGAGCUAUCUGCCUCAUGUCAAAUGCUGAUUAAAUUUCAACCUGAGA